UUCAUGUAAAGUAAUGUACACAACAAGUUAAUAGCACAUUCACUUAUUAUAAAAACUUGGAACAACCUAAAAACAGUAACAGUCAAACGGGUUCUCAAUUAAUAUAAUCAGUGAUUCAUCUAGUUUCUAUAAGAUAUUGACAGGGAUUAAAACUUCAGGUAAUUAUCAUCAUUGAUUGUAUAAACGUAAAGACAUAACAUGAUAUCUCGAACUUUACUGCACACCUGGUUGAACUUUAUGAUAAUUUUCUUCUUCAUUCAACUUGGUAGAACCGACUUUCACUGUAGAAGGAAGGGAUUUAACUGUAAAAGUGGUGGAAUUUGCAAUGCUGGUGAUGGAUCAUGUUCUUGUCCGGCAACUCAAGCAGGAUACGACUGUUCAUUAGAUACUGAUAAAAUGGAAUGUGACAAAAAUCCAUGUGAAAGCGGAGGUACCUGUUACGAGCAAGACAAAUGUUUCUGCUCACCUGAUUAUUACGGAGAAAGAUGUCAGUAUAAAACAGUUACUCAAGAAUGUUUAGGUUCUGAAAUUCAAAUGAGGUUUGUGGUUCCUGACACAUUUAGAGGAGAGGUUUACCUGAGUGAGGAUGAAGACAACUGUAAAUUUAAUCAGAUGAAAGCAGGUGUUCCAGGAUUAAACAAGACUUUUUUUUUGUACUCGUUGACAAUUCCGUUCAAUUCCACUGAUAAUGUGUGUUCACAAUCUAUAAACAAAACAAAAGAUGAACCGAUGGAGGGAGAUGUAACCCGAUUUGUUGAUGUCGUGGUCAGUUAUAACCCAAUGUUUAUAUCCAGUACCGAUAGUAUCAUCAUAUAUAGUUGUAUUCAUAAAGGCUCCAAUUUUACUAUGUUUGCAGAACUUGAUGAUGUUGGUUUAAAUGAAAGAACAAACUUAAAGAAAAACAUCCUUUCUGGUACCUAUUUGCCUGUCAAAUUUGCAGUUCAGAAUAAAGAUGGCCAACCUUUAGAUAAGCCUCUAUUUGUAGGCGACAUCUUUAAGUUAUUAUUCUUCCUCGCAGAUACUGAUGUGUAUGAAAGUCUCAGAAUUGACAACUGCAUAGCCAAUAACACGUUAUCAGGAAAGCCAUUACAAUUUGAAUUUGUUAAGGAUGGAUGUCCCACUGAAGAUGGAAAGAAUAUCAUGGUGAAUACAGACGGUCCACUUGCAGCCACGUACAGAAAACCUGGUUCAACAGAAGAACUACCAGCCUCAGAACUCUUCAUGUACGCGUUCAAAUUCAAAGGAACAACAAAUGUUGGCUUUAACUGUGCUGUAAAAAUAUGUAAAAAAGGAGAAGGAAGCUUUUGUAAGCCUCGUGAUUGUUCUCUGCCCCUUGGAGCACCAACAACAGUUGGUACCUCGACUCCCGUAGUUGUCGACGUAACUUCUGCUCCAGCGUUAGUCCCUGAGCUGCAAGGUAAUACAGAAACUGGAAACGAGACUUCAAGCAAUAGUACACAACCAUCCAUCAGAAGGAAAAGAGAUUCAAAUGGAGAUAGGCAAUUUGUAUCCGCAAUACUGACCAUUAAAGAGCCCUCAUUAGAUGAAGUACUCAUUUUCCCUAAUAUUGGACAAGAAAAUAUCAAAAAAGGGAACCUGAAAACAAUGACAGCAGAUAAAGAAAUCACUAACUGUGUCAUGUCACAAAACAUUAUUAUUGUUAUAGUUGUCCUAGCAACAUGGGUGUUUGUACUCGUAGUAAUUUCGUCCGUGUUAGCAGUAUCAAAAUGCAGGAGUCAUAGAAGAAUUCAGAUUCUCAAAAGUAAACAAAGUUCAUUUGAUUUUAACUAUACCAUUCCCAGACCAAAAUUGAAUAUCUAAUGAUUUACUUCUACCAAUUAUUCAUAGGUUCGUUUUGAAUUGAUGAGUUCUAAUAUAAUCAGUGUAUAAUAUGUAUAGAAUUUAUAAACUGUAAACGACUGUUGAUACUUGAGUGUUUAUUUGAAAACACUAUGUUGUUUUCUUGACCAUGAAUGUAGAACUUUCUAGUUUUUGUCAACAACUUAAGUUGAUAAUAUGAAGUCCCUGAAUUUACAAAACUAAGUACUCGCCAUGCUUUGUUUAUCUGUCAAAUGUUUGACUUGUUAAGCGAAUCUCAGACCUCACAUCGAUGUUUUCCUUAUUUAUACCAUUUGUCGUAAAAAUCAACUCACAAAAUUAAACCUGCAGUCAAUCCGACAUAAUUAUAUAAUAUAGUUCUAUAGUUAUAUUCCUUUAAAUUUAAAAUGACGGUUUCUCUUUGAUUAUUAUAAAAUGUGUCAUCUUAUCAUCUUAUACUUACAGAUAACUAUAAAGUGUGAUAACAUAUCAUCUAUGAAUUUUUGUUUUUACCGCACAUUUGAUCUUAUUAAUGUUUUAGGGUUGAACAUCUUUAAAUAAUAAACAUUUCUUCCUUAACAGAGAUAAAACUUUUUGUUAUAUGGAAUUGUGUCAUGAAUAGCUACAAGUUGAAAUAUUUAUAGUAUAUGUUUAAAGAGAAACUUUUUUAGUUUUUCUCUGAAUCGGAUUUCAAAAGAGGUUUUAAAUAUAUUUUUAAAUGGAUGACUAAUAAAUUCAUGUUUCUUGUUUGUUUUUUAAGUAGAAAAGACAGAUAGCAAACCACAAUUGAAACUUUUUAGUCGAAAACAACAGUACAACGCUAUUUCGUUUAAGAAAUUUAACAUGAUACAUUUCCUGUGAUUAGUCUUUUUUUAUUGAUAAGAGAAUUGUUGUUUGCUUAACAUCUAGUGUCAAAUAUUUUUGGCAAAUUCAAGAUCCCAAAACAUUAGCAAUAAAUCUAAUUGACAAGCUUUAUAUAACUACUCUAAUGGGGUUAACAGCUGACAAUGUUGACUGCAACUUGAAUUAAAUCCUAUGUUGGAGAGGGGCAUACAUUUUGACAUUCAGCAGGAACCCCUCAAAGGAUAGUUGCAAGGGUUCUUUGAGUUACAUAGAGCGCAUUACUUUUGCAAUACUUAGAUCUUAAAUGAACUGUACGUGGCUGUACUCCCAAUACAACCACACUAAUGUCCCUUAUAAUAAUGCAACCUACUGAUGCCAUUGUCAUACUGUGUGUAAAUGUUUUAGAAUUUAACAAUAAUAAGCAUGGGAAGCGGUAAUCUGGUGUUAUUUUCUAGGCUUUUUUCAAAACUAUCUUUUUUGGUCUAAAAUUACUAAGCAAACGCAUCAAUAAUGAUAUUUUAAUAAAUUGCAGUGUAAUGUGUAAUACAAAGGUUGACCUUUUAUGCACUAGAUUACAGUCACAGAUUUUGUAAAAUUCAUUAUGAUAGAAAUAUUGAAUUGUAAAGACUCAAGUGUGUCAAUUCAUGUAUUGGAUUUAUAAUAAUAAAAAUGCUAUCAAAC